AUGUUUCAUCUGCUAACUUUAUUGCUAGUGAUUUCGGGUGUAGUUGCCGCGCUAGUUACAAAAGGCUUAGAUAAUUGUAAAAAGGAAUACAAUGGGGAAAAUGAAAUAACUGUGUGUCACGUGAGAACUCUUGAGUCCAAUGGAUCGAAUCUUGUAUUGGCUUCCUCAGAAAGUACAAAAAGUUUAUCAAUUGAGUGUAACCAAUUGUUACUCUUUGAAAGUUACAUUGAAUCGAACUAUUUUCAAAGAUUUGUGAAUUUAGAAGAAUUAACAAUACGAAACUGUAAAAUUAUUCGUAUACCGGGAAAUGCGUUUGAGGGAUUACGAAAAAUAAAAAAAAUAUCUAUUCGCUCAAAAAAUAGAGAAUGGAGCCCGAAUAAAUAUCUGGAACUUUCACUUGGCACGUUUAACGGAUUGCGGGAACUCCAAUUGCUUGAUUUGGGGAAAAAUAACUUAAAAAAUAUACCAUCAGAAAUCUUCUGCCCCUUGGAAAACUUACAAACAUUAAAUUUGACAAACAAUAGAAUGAAAAGUAUUGACCGUCUCGGAUUUGGGAAAAGCUGUGGGACUGGCUUAAGAAGUUUAGAUAUAAGCCAAAAUGAACUGAAAUCUCUUAGUGAAGAAUCAGAAAUAUCAGGACUUCGGCAUCUUCAAGAAUUGAAACUGCAACAUAAUAAUAUUUCGGAUAUUUCAGAUGAAAUAUUCAAUGGAUUAAUCUCAUUACGUAUUUUAAAUAUAUCUUAUAACAACCUGCAGUUAAUACCCGAGGGCAUAUUCGCCAACACGAAGGAGUUGAGAGAAAUAUAUCUAAAUAAUAACCAGUUAUUUGAAUUAGCUAGAGGGGUUUUUCAUCGAUUAGAACAGCUGCUUGUGUUAGAUUUAUCGAAUAAUCAGCUUUCAAGUGCACACAUUGAUGGUGGGACGUUUAUUAGUCUUAUUCGCUUAGUCAUUUUGAAUCUAUCCAAUAAUGCCUUGACAAGGAUAGAUGGUAAGACAUUUAAGGACUUAUUCUUUUUACAAAUAUUAGAUCUGAAAAACAACUCUAUAGGUUAUAUUGAAGAGAACACCUUCCUUCCUUUAUAUAAUUUGCACACUUUAAAUUUAGCCGAAAACAGAUUACAUACAAUUGAUGAGUACCUGUUUAACGGAUUAUUUGUUCUUAGUAAAUUAAAUUUAAAUAAUAAUUUACUUAUAAGUAUAGAUUCUAAAGCAUUUAAAAACUGUUCCGAUUUAAAAGAAUUAGAUUUAAGUUCUAACCAAUUAACAGAUGUCCCUAAUGCUAUAUGGGAAUUAUCUCUUUUAAAAACUCUUGAUUUAGGAGAAAACCAGAUAUCUGAUAUAAAAAAUGGAUCAUUUAAAAAUCUAGAUCAACUUACUGGCUUGAGGUUGAUUGACAACCAAAUUGGAAAUCUUAGUGUUGGUAUGUUUUGGGAUUUGCCAAAUCUUCAAGUUUUAAACCUUGCAAAAAAUAAAAUACAAUCAAUAGAAAGGAGAAGUUUUGAGCGCAACAAGCAAUUGGAAGCUAUUCGAUUAGAUGGAAAUUUUAUAUCAGAUAUAAAUGGCGUAUUUGCAACCUUGUUAAGUUUACUUUGGCUUAAUUUAUCUGAGAACCAUUUAGUUUGGUUCGAUUAUGCUUUUAUACCGAGUAAUCUGAAGUGGUUAGAUGUGCAUGGAAAUUUUAUUGAAUAUUUAGGUAACUAUUAUAAAAUUCAGGAUGAAAUUCGCAUAAAAACCUUAGACGUAAGCCAUAACCGAAUUCUUGAAAUUUCUCCGUUAGCAAUCCCUAAUAGUGUUGAAUUGUUAUUUAUAAACAAUAAUCACAUAAACAAUAUCCAAGUUAAUACAUUUAUGGAGAAACGCAAUCUUACUAGAGUUGAUAUUUACGCAAAUGAGAUAUCACAUUUAGAUAUCAACAGCCUCCGGUUAUCACCGUUCCCCUUAAACAAGUCGCUGCCGGAAUUCUAUGUUGGAGGAAAUCCGUUUGAUUGCGAUUGUUCAAUGGAAUGGUUGCCUCUAAUUAAUAAUAUGACUUCAACAAGACAAUACCCAAGAAUAAUGGAUCUCGAAAAUGUCCUUUGCAAAAUGACACAUACGAGAGGUGUUUCUCAUAUUCCUUUAAGUACUUUAAAAUCCACAGAUUUUUUGUGCACAUAUGAAACACAUUGUUUUACACUAUGUCAUUGUUGUGAUUAUGUAGCUUGUGAUUGUCAAAUGACUUGUCCUAAUAACUGUUCUUGUUACCACGACCCAACUUGGCACACAAAUGUAGUUGAUUGUUCUAGCCAAACAGUUUCUGAAAUACCCGAUAAAAUACCUAUGGACGCAACCGAGGUUUAUUUAGAUGGAAAUAACUUUAAAGAAUUGCAGAAUUAUGCGUUUAUAGGCAGAAAAAACAUGAGAUCACUUUAUGUAAAUUCAAGUGAAAUUGAAAAUAUUCAUAAUAGAACAUUCGCUGGCUUAUCUUCCCUUGUCAUAUUGAACCUGGCAAAUAAUAAGUUGAGUCAUCUUUAUGGCUACGAAUUCGAACAUUUGACACAACUGAAAGAACUGUAUUUACAAAACAAUUUCAUUAGUUAUAUUAAAAAUACAACGUUUUCGAUGCUAAUGUCUUUGAAAAUAUUGAGACUAGAUGGAAAUAGGUUAGUUGAUUUUUCCAUUUGGGAUUUAACUAUUAAUAAAAAACUGCAUAGCAUUGCAAUAGGUAAUAAUAUGUGGUCUUGUAAAUGUAGAUAUUUACAAAAAUUUACAGCUUAUAUUGCUGAAAACGUUCUUAAAAUAUCAGAUAUUUCUGACGUAUGGUGUUCAAAUGUAGGUAACAAAUAUCCUCAAAAAAAGGAAUUAAAUAUUAACGGCACCAUUUGUAGUGAUUAUUAUUCCAGUGAUUCAGGAAUAAAUAACCUAAUAAUUUAUAACUACAUUCCUAUGAUAGUAACUUCAUUUACAGGAUUUUUGCUCAUUCUACUUACCAUGCUUAUUUUAUUUCUGUUUAGAGAUACAAUUCGGUUAUGGUUUUAUACGAAUUGCGGAUUGCGAUUUUUUCCAUUCAUUGGAGCUUAUGAUGGCACAGAUAAGUUAUAUGAUGGAUAUAUAUUAUAUAGUCCCAAAGAUGAUGACUUCGUCAUACAAACAUUAGCCGGAGAGUUAGAAAAUGGAAAUCCACAAUACCACCUAUGUUUACAUUAUCGCGAUAUACCUCAACACGGUGCUGCUUAUAUGCAGUACACUUUACCACUUCCGGAAGCUGCGAAAGCCUCUAAGAGAAUUAUUCUUAUAUUAACAAGAAAUUUCCUAGAAACUGAAUGGUCUCGUUUUGAAUUCAGACAAUCUUUACAUGAUAUACUCAAAUCUCGAAUUUAUACUUUAAUUAUAAUUCAAGAAACUUCCAUUUUAACUGACGCAGAAUGUGACCCUGACUUAAGACCAUAUAUAAAAACAUGUUUGAGAAUAAAAUGGGGGCAAAAUAAAUUUUGGGAUAAAUUGAAAUACGCCAUGCCGGAUAAAAAAUACAAAUCUAAAUCAUCAAGCUACCGAAGUAAUAUAAAUUCAUUCACUAUGAGAGGCGGUAUGCAAAAUGGAACGAUGCGUUCGUUUUCUUUUACAGAAAAAAUAAAAGAACCAAGUGACGUUGUUUCUGCUACACCUGAGUAUAUGGAAAGUCGAUCGCAUCAUCCCAACUCUGCAUAUUCAACAGAUGGUAGGCCGCCAUCUGAUCAUAUUUAUUCGUCAAUAGAUUCAGAUUACUCAUCUUUAGAAUUAGGUGGGAAUAAUCCGGGUAGAAGACGCGAGUUCAGACACUGGCCUCCUCCUCCUCCUUUAAUUGAUACACAAUAUUCAGGCCAAGCUUAUCUUGUCUAG